AGCUGGGGGGUAAAAUUGUGAAUGGCUUCAAAUCGACUGGGAUGUGAAAUGAUUAAUAAUGUUUCAUCCGCACUUUAGCAGAGGUGGCUUUUAUUCGAUGUGACAUUCUUCACGACUUGACUGUAAAGGGAAAACGAUGUCGGACGCUGAAGGUGCUCGCAGUCCAGACCAGCUGAAUAAAUUCGAGAAACUGACAGGCAGGCCGCACGGUGAGACGUUAGCAGGUCAUCGUACUCCCCCUGCCCGCAGUGGGCAUCGCUGUGUUGCAGACAAUACUAACCUGUAUGUAUUUGGAGGAUACAACCCUGACUAUGAUGAGUCAGGAGGCUCAGACAAUGAAGAUUAUCCACUGUUUCGGGAGCUAUGGAGGUACCACUUUGCCACAGGCUGCUGGCAGCAGAUUCGAACAGAAGGCUACAUGCCAACAGAGCUGGCAUCUAUGUCAGCUGUUUUGCACGGCAACAACCUCCUGGUGUUUGGAGGCACUGGGAUCCCCUUUGGUGAAAAUAAUGGCAACGACGUUCACGUUUGUAACGUGAAGUACAAGCGAUGGUCACUACUUAACUGCCGCGGGAAGAAGCCCAACAGAAUCUAUGGACAGGCUAUGGUCAUUAUAAAUGGCUUCCUGUAUGUGUUUGGAGGGACGACGGGCUACAUCUACAGCACAGACCUGCACAGGCUGGACCUGACCACAAGGGAGUGGAUCCACCUUAAACCCAACAACCCUCCUGACGACCUGCCUGAGGAACGGUACAGGCAUGAAAUAGCACAUGACAGACAGAGGAUCUACAUUCUGGGAGGGGGAACUUCCUGGACAUCUUAUCCUCUAGACAAGGUACAUGCAUACAAUCUGGAGACCAAUUCCUGGGAGGAGAUUACAACUAAACCUCAUGACAAAAUAGGGUAUCCUGCUCCUAGGAGAUGCCAUAGCUGUGUGCAAAUACGAAAUGAUGUAUUUAUCUGUGGAGGCUACAACGGGGAAUUGAUAUUGGCUGAUCUGUGGAAGAUCAACCUGCAGACUUUCCAGUGGAGUAAGCUACCAGCAGUGAUGCCUGAGCCGGCCUACUUCCACUGUGCUGCUGUCACCCCAGCUGGCUGCAUGUACAUACAUGGUGGCGUGGUGAACAUCCAUGAGAACAAGAGAACUGGCUCUCUGUUUAAGAUCUGGCUGGCUGUGCCCAGCCUGCUGGAGCUAUGCUGGGAGAAGUUGCUCAAGGCUUUUCCCCACCUGACUUCACUCCCCACCAUGCAGCUGCUCAACCUGGGUCUAACACAGGAACUCAUUGAACGUUUGAAAUAAGCAGCACAAUGAAGGACGGACAGAGGAAUGGAUGAGACAGGCUGGACAGGGAGGAUAUGAGGUCUGACAGAGCACAGAAGUUAAAUCACAGCAAAAUUCUCGGGAAUAUGCCCUCUCGCUCCCCUGCCUAACGUAGCCCCGCCUUAAAACCAAAAACAAUGGGAUGCCUUUUUUCGUUGUUUUUGCUAUUAUUUUUUGCAGUUCCAGUGAUGAUGAAGAAAAUAAAUGUGGAAUGUUUUAUGGAUUUUACUCAACACCCCCUCCCCCUGCCACCACUGUUCCUUACAUGAUGCCUUUGUGUCAAGCUAAGUAUGAAUUCCUGCUUCUCAUCAGCCAAACCGUGACUGCUGGAAAUACUUUGUUUUGCCAUGUCAUGAUUUCAAAGACUGUCCUUUCCCAUAUUUUAAAAUCUACCUUCUCUAGUACUUUUAAGAAUUCAAUGUUAAGAAAGAAUGCAUGAAUAUUUAUUUGAAGGACUAAAUCAGUUUUUGGAGGUAUUCUCAUCACCUGAAAUUGCUGUUUGCACACUUUGUCUUGCAUAUUUGUAGGCAUUUACCUUUUUUUAAAAAAUAGAUCCGGUAAGCAGAGGUGUCCACUAAUGAUUUGUCUAAAAAGUGGCAGAGAGUAACUUUGCUAAAGGACCAUGCCAGUGUUGUUGCACAUUUUAGUCAAUUUAAUACAAAUCUCAUAUGUAAACUGUUACUGUUGACAUGCUGUAGUAUUCUAGAUUUUCAACUGUUGUUGUGGCUUUCCAGGCAGCCUUUUUGUUUCAGUUCUCUCUUUAUGGUAUAAAA